AUGCCCACAAAGCCUACGAUCCUCUUCGUCCCUGGCGCAUGGCACGUCCCAGAGAGCUACGACCUUGUCGCUGAGCAGCUCAAGGCCGCAGGCUACCCGACCGUCUACGUCUCCUUGCCGUCAGUAUCCUCAACGCCAAUUGACAAUUUCGAACCAGACGUCGACGCGAUCCGGGCCCAACUCGAGCCUCUCGUCGAAGCAGGCUCUGACGUAGUCGUAGUCGCACAUUCCUACGGCAGCAUGCCGACCAACGAAGCCAUCAAAGGACUUACUCGCGCCGACCGUGCAGCCGCCGGUGGAAAGGGCGGCGUGGCGCACUACGUCUUCUGCUCGGCCUUCAUCACGCCUGUGGGCGUGUCACUCAUGGAUGCGCUGCAAGGCAAAGAUUUGCCAUGGUUCAUCGUAUCGCCCGACAAAAAGGUUGUGCACCCGGAUAAUCCACGGGAUAUCUUUUAUGCGGAUUUGGAUGAUGCCACUGCUACACGGUGGGUUGAGAGGCUGUUGCCGUUCAGUUAUCAGACGUACUUCAGCAAGACGAGGUAUGCGGCGUAUGUGGACGUGCCGAGCACGUUUCUUUUUUGUACAGAUGACAAGGCGAUCCCGCCUCCUGUGCAGGAAAUGAUGGUUGCCGGUGCCGAACAGCAGGGUGUCAAGUUUGCGCGGACGACGAUAGGAGCGAGCCAUUCACCUAUGAUUAGCCGGCCUGGCGAGGUUUUUGAGGCGAUUAAGACGGCGGCCGAUUCAAUUGCCACUCGAGACACAAUCAAUGUAUAG